AGACAGGCGCCGUCACAGCAGGAUGACUCGUUUAUUUUGCGACAGGACGUACAGGCACCGGCUCUCCGCUCUUCUCGUGAAGAAUUGAGCCUCGCGGAGACGAAAAAGAAAUAAAACCUAAAGUGUUUAUGUGAAAGCCAACUAGUUUUAAUGCGGUACAAUGCUGCAGUCGACCACGAGUCAAACAGCAGCUUUAUCGGUGAGGAGGAAGUCGCCGUUAGUGUUGCAUGUAAGGUUAGCUGUGCACGAGCGCUUGUUUACAGUGCUCGUGCGAUAGCGUUGUUAGUGCUAAUCAUACACUUGACACAUAUAGCGUAGCUUUCUACUCAUAUUCAGGCAUAAAACUAUCUGAUAUCACACUUAAGGGUGUUAUUUUAGCUUUGCAAAGACGACAGGCCUGUUUUUCUGGAGGUCUGCCGUGUGCAUGGUGAAAAUGGACAUAAACCGUUAUUUCAUUCUUGCAUGAUAACGAUAUCUGAAGAUAUUUAGUUACUCUGAUAGAUACAAAACACUAAGAUCAAUAAUGAUUGACUGUACAUAUUGUGGUUGCACUGCACUUGUGAUUCUCAUCGUCACAGGUUAAAAUGCCUGGAAUUUAGGGGAGACCAGGGCUUGUUGUCGCAUGGGUGAGUGUCCUGUCGUUUAUUCUACCGUUACCGGCACGGCUAACAGUGUAGCAAGGCUAAUAGCAGGUGGCUAACUCUACCUUUAGCUUUAGCUCUACCUUAAACAUCGCGAAGUGGGUUGAACUGAAACUUGUUGACUUGCUGUGUAUUUCACAAACUGGUUUAUUUACCGUUGAGGCAGACCGCUCUCUUCUGUGCGUCCCUGAGCUGCCUGCUUCAGAUCCGUCACUCUGCUGUGCUGUGAGGUAGUUAGUGGAUAAACAUUGUCAUGAGGUCGCUGCGCCAUCUACAGAAUAAGUCGGGGAACUUUUCAAAUGGUGGAUCAUUUUUGAAGUGAAACCAAUGUUUAUUCUCCGCAUUUUAUUUCUGAAAAUAUCGGUGAGUUUUGGCUGAUUGCCGAUUCGUCUCAAGCGGGCUAAAAUUUGCCCGAAAAACUGUAUAUACUAUGGACAACUUGGUUCCGCCUUUCACCAGUAUAAGGAUUUGAAGCCAAGAAGCUCUCAGUAAUUCUGCGCUUUUUCUCUAUUUCCUGAAACCACCACUCGCGCAGUAGCAAUGUACGCAUUUGACGGGAGAGUCACCGAAAGUUGCUGUGAUGACACUCGGCUCAAACAGCGUAUCCCCCGGGUGAGCUACGCAAUCUUUGUACACCCAUAGGCUGUAUCAAGUGUCUCGGGCAUAGAAAAACCUGAAAACAUGAACCCCCUUAUAAGUUUUAAAACCGGAGCUUCACAGAAAAAAGAGGACUUGAGCACAAACUAGUCUUACAAUAACUACAUGUCAACAUCACAAUCAAGGGGGGAGAAAAUUAUGUUCUGUGUAAUAAAUUUCUACAAUUUGUCAACAACUUCAUAAGCUUUGCUGGCGGAGGCGGGAUUUAUGACCUAUACUGCAGCCACCAGAGUGUGCUGUUCUCGGAGUGGCUUCACCCAUCGAGGAGGCGGAUGCUGUCCAAUCUAUAUACAGUCUAUGGUCAUGUCCUGUCUGAGAAGAGAGGAGCACAUUGUGAGCUGAGAUGAGCGCCAAUUAACUAUUUCGCACAACCUGAAUUAAAAAUUUAACUUCAUAUAUUUUAAAAUAAGCUUCUUCCAGAUAAAAAUCCUAGCAGUGAAACAUGUGGACUUGUUAGAGGAGAGAUGAAGACAUCCUGUCAUACCGCAGUCAUCGUUCUGUUUUAAGAUAACUUUAAGCUAGAAUUAGAAAACAUGGUAAUUAGAAAACAAUGAAAGUUUGACUUUAUUUUUACAGAGAAAAGAGUGGUUUAAAGGAGAGGAGAAAGCAAGAAAACAUGGUCAGGAUUUACAAAAGAAAAACAGAACGUGGCAGUGCAGUUCCUGACGUGAUGCUGAGGGCAGGCAGGCAGGUGACCCUAGCUAAUAAAUUAAUCUGGAGGCCAAUAAAGGACUUUAAUGUCAACUACCAUGCCUUGGCUCGGUACUGCAAAACAUUAACCCCAGCUGAAAUACAGAGUCAGACAGAUCUCCAAACUCCAGAGCAUGUUGCAUAAUAUAAUUAAUUUAACGUUCGUUCAAUGACUUUUUGUAGCUCAAUGAUAAACAUUUUCUGUGCCUGACUUUAAUGUUCACUUUCAUGUAAAAAAAUGAGAACAACAAUAAUUUUGUCCUUGUUUUAUUAGCAGCAAAAUCCACUGUGACAUCUCACCCCAUGUAGUGAGACAACUUACCUGAUGGUGGGGCAACGUCACAUGUUCACACUCUCCGUUUGAUUUCUUAUAACUCUGCACUGACACAAGAUAUGAAAAUGACAUGAAUACAAAAUAUAUACCUGAGACUUUUGUCUUUCACAUGGUACACAUUUUGUUAACAUAUGAUGUAUUGAUUCCAAGAAAUAUAUCAAAGUGUAAAAAGUGUGACAACAAGCCCCGGUCUCCCCUAUGUAUUUUUGUGGGCGCUAAUAUGUUUCAUGGGAAUUGUGCAUUGAUUGUAACUAAUUUGUGAUGUUUUUUCCACAGGUCUUUGUCACAAUCAGAAGAGAGACCGUCACUGAAUUAGAGUUUACAGCAAACAGACAUCAACAUCUCAUUCCCAGGCUCCUGUAAGAGCCACUCUCUGCACUCCAACCAAAUGAAGUUAACUCCUUCCAAAGCAGCAGAACCCACAGAGGACUCCACCUGUACCACCUGGAAACCCUGUGCACUGUGCUGGGCUCCGGUAGCCCACCCAUGCCUGUGAUCCCAAUCCCACGGCGGGUGCGCAGCUUCCAUGGCCCCCACACCACCUGCAUGCACUCGGCCUGCGGGUCGACGCACGCCUCCAAGCUAGUGCGCACAAAGUACAAUAACUUUGAUUUGUACCUGCGCUCGCGCUGCAUGUACAGCUUCCUGCGUUUCCUCCUGUACUUCGGCUGUAGCUUGCUCACCUCUCUGCUCUGGGUGGCGCUCUCUGCUCUCUUCUUCCUGCAGUACAUCAGUGUCCGUGUGCUCCUGCGGCUGCAGUACAAGCUGUCGGUCAUCCUGCUUCUGUUGGGGCACAGGCGGCUGGACUUUGGGGUGCUCAAUGACCUGAUUAUCUACAGCAUGCAGAUCACCAUGUUCCUGGUGGGGGGACUUGGAUGGUGCUUUAUGGUGUUUGUGGACAUGUAGUUGCAAUGUGAGUGCAGUUGUAGUGUAUGAUGUGGAUGUUUUAACCUGUAACUUCAGCUUUGUGUGGUGUUAUGUGACAGCAUACACCUGUAGCGUGUCCUGUAGGACUGCUCCGUCUGGCUCUAAGAAAACCUUUUGACAUUAACCUAAAAUCUUAUUACUUCAGCUUCUGUUAUGAAAGGAUUUGUGUGACAUCUGCGUGUACAGUCUGUAAGAAUGUCAAAUCUGCAUAAUUCAGAGAGAAUAGCCUGGUGCUCCAAGUCAGUCUGAAUGUGAGAGUCAGACUUCUCUCAUCACACGUGACUCUUAAGUUAAAAACUAUUUUCAUGUCAUUUUUUAAAUUGUUUUCAUGAAUUUAUUUCUGUUUUUUGAAUUGAGAAAGAAAUCAUUUCUACACCCAUUUGUUUACAAUUAUAGAAAAUGACAAUGUUGCAUGGAAAAGUGACUCAAUAUGUGACCAAUGUGCAUCCUGGCAGUGUGAUGCAAGACAGUCAUUUGUGCCAAAACACAAGUUGAAAUCCAAAAGUGCUCCAUGGCUCCAAUGGUAGAUUUAUAUACAUUUUAAAUGAUAUAAGAUGAUAUCAUUUAAACAUAUAUAUGAACCACAGAGUCAAAGCUAACACACUGUAAGUUAUGGUGGAUAAAGUGACCAAAAAGGGAAGUGUCAAUAAUGUGUGUAGUGUGCUUUAUGUGACAAGAGAAGGGCCAACUUGAUGAACAAGUAACACAUUUACUUCUUUUUGUAAAGUUAUUGAAUAAAUUUGCCAUUUCUGAAACUCUUUUGUCCUUUAAAAA